AAGAUCGUGUCACCAUAUUUAAAACAUUUGUAUUAUUCAAGAAAUAUUUGCAAAAAUUUCUAUGAUAUUUUAUCGCCAUUUUGUGUUCUUCGAUAUUUGAUAUCAAAGUAAUGAAAUAACGUGAAAGUAGAAGCCGGUAAAUUAUAGGUUAAAUUCUGAAAGUAUUAUUUUACCAAAAUUAUGAAUCUUUUGCCUAAAACUCACGAGGAAUUUAGUCAGCCGGAAUAUUGGAAUUCAUUUUUCAAAAAACGUGGCAACAAAAGUUUUGAAUGGUAUGGAGAAUAUACCGAAUUAUGUGAUAUUUUAAUGAAGUAUAUUAAGUUAAGCAAUGAUGUACUUGUUGUUGGGUGUGGUAAUUCUACUUUGAGUAUGUCACUUUAUGAUGUUGGAUAUCGAAAUAUUACUAAUAUAGAUGUAUCAGAGGUUGUUAUAAAACAAAUGCUAAACAUUAAUAAGAACGACAGACCAGAUUUAAUAUAUGAACAAAUGGAUGCUACACAAAUGACUUAUUCGAAUGAAAAAUUCAAUGUUGUAUUGGAUAAAGGUACUCUAGAUGCUUUAAUGCCCAAUGAAAAGCAAGAAACAAUAUCUGUAAUUGAUAAAUAUUUUAAGGAAAUCACACGUGUUCUACGUAAUGGUGGAAGAUAUAUUUGUAUUAGUUUACUUCAAGAACAUAUUCUACGUAAAAUAUUAUCAUAUUUUACUGCAAAUAAUUUUAUGAUACGCGUUGCACAAUGUCAUAAAGCUGAAGUUAAGACUAAACAGGAAGAAGGCAGUUCUAUUCCUGUGUUCGUUGUUGUUGCAACUAAAUUUAUGAAGCCAACAGAAUCAAUCCUUGAAAUCUCAUUAACUGACGGUAAACCUGAAAGAAUAUCCUCUGUAGACGCUUUGAUAUCUGCUGUAUUAUCAAUUCAACAGUCAGCUUUAAUAUGCAAUUGUCUUGAUAAAAGAAGUAUAGCCGAUGUUGGAGAAAUUUGCUUAGAUUUACACAAAGUGGGUGACAAGCAUCCUCGAUAUACAGUUUACAUACUUAAUCAACCUUGUGCUGGAGGAGCGAAAUCAUAUGCUGCAUUUAUAGUACCACAAGGAAAGGAAACAGAUUGGUUGUUUAGUACUAAAGAAGGAAGAAAGCAGGUAUUGGAUAGUACACAACAGGAUAGACUUGUUAUUGUCACUCUUAGACGAGAACAUAAUUUUGAAAGUUUGGAUGCAGUGAAAACUGAGCUUGGAGAUUGUAUACGCAAUUUAGCUCCAUCAGGUUUACCCGCUAAGAGUAAUAUUCCCUAUCUAUCUUUAGGUACAAGUUUGAAUGCUCGUACAACUUGUUAUGAAGGCAAGAGUGAAAUUAGUGGUUCUUUUGUCGUUGAAGAAAUAGAAGAAAAUAAGCACACAUUGCGAAGACUGAUCUUUUUAAAUAACCCACAUGUGAUUCAGAGCGAAGCUCGUCUUAAAGAAGUAAAAUCUAGACGACAUAAAAAGAAGAAAGUUAUCGAUAAUGGAUUUUUAGCUGAUAAACACCACAUAUAUAUGAGCGUAGGUGUUUCUACGAUAUUAGAUUCUACAAAAUCUAAUGAAAUUGUGAUCAUAGGUCUUGGUGGUGGACGUCUUUGUACAUUUCUAUAUCAUUGUUUUACAAAUUUAAACAUCACAACUGUCGAAAUCGACGAAGCUAUUGUUCAAGUUGCAAUUGAUUAUUUUGGUCUUAUUUUGGAUGAAAGAAUGCGAGUACACAUCGAGGAUGGUAUAGAAUUUAUAAAAAAUGCUGCUUCAGAAGGUAAAAAGUACUCUGCUAUUCUUUUCGAUGUUGACAGCAAGGACACUACCGUUGGAAUGAGCUGCCCACCUAAGCAAUUUCUCGAAAUAGAUUUGCUGAAAAUGAUAGCUUCCUGUUUGACAGACAAUGGUCUGUUUAUUCUGAAUUUAGUUAGCAGAGACAGUACUCUUAAACAAAAAGCAAAAGACGAUUUAAAAUUGAUAUUUAAAUCUGUGGUAUCUUAUACUCUUCAAGAUUACCUUAACGACGUGAUAAUGUGUUCUAUAAAUACUAAGGAGUCGAAGGAAUGGAAAAAUAAAAUCAAAAAGGCUGUUGUAGAUUUAAACGAGCAGGCUAUUAGAAGGAAAGUGUUCGUCUCGUCGGAUGCUUUUGACGUAUCGUCGCUCGUUAAAAAUUUGUCGAUAGAUUCUUAAUACAUAACUGAAAUAUGUAAUACAUAAUUAAAUAUGGAAGUGAAUUCUCUCAUUGUAUAAC